UGAUUGGUCAGCUGUCUUCCUUGGAGCGGAUACUACUGGUUGUGGGAGGAUCAGCUGGGGAAAGGGGCGUGGCCAGGGUAAAAUCUGGGAAGUGGUUGUGCAUUGUAUUGCGAUCAGUGCCUCUGACGAUCCUGCAGUGACCGGGGCUCUCAUUCAGCCGUUAUACAACCUUCAACCCGCCAGCAUGUCAAAGAAAAUCCCAGGUGGCUCCGUGGUGGAGAUGCAGGGAGAUGAGAUGACCCGUGUGAUUUGGGAUCUGAUAAAGGAGAAGCUCAUUCUUCCUUAUGUGGAGUUGGAUUUGCACAGCUAUGAUCUUGGAAUGGAGAAUCGCGAUUUAACUGAUGAUAAAGUUACAGUUGAAGCUGCUGAAGCGAUCAAAAAAUACAAUGUCGGAAUAAAGUGCGCCACUAUUACACCUGAUGAGAACAGGGUUGAAGAGUUUAAGCUGAAGCAAAUGUGGAAGUCGCCAAAUGGAACGAUCAGAAAUAUUCUGGGAGGAACUGUUUUCAGAGAGGCUAUCAUCUGUAAGAACAUCCCCAGGCUUGUCUCUGGAUGGGUAAAGCCCAUCAUCAUUGGCCGUCAUGCUUAUGGCGAUCAGUACAGAGCCACAGACUUUGUCGUCCCUGGGCCCGGCAAGGUGGAAAUAUCAUUCACUCCUAAAGAUGGUGGCGAGCCCUUUAAAUAUGUUGUACAUGAUUUUGAAGACUGUGGAGGUGUUGCCCUUGGAAUGUAUAACACUGAUCAAUCCAUUAGAGAUUUUGCUCAUAGCUCAUUCCAGAUGGCGCUGGCUAAAAGUUGGCCUCUGUAUAUGAGCACUAAAAACACAAUUCUCAAGCGAUACGAUGGACGUUUUAAGGACAUUUUCCAGGAAAUCUACGAGAGAGAGUACAAAUCCAAGUUUGAAGAAAAGAAGAUCUGGUAUGAGCACAGACUUAUAGAUGACAUGGUGGCUCAAGCAUUAAAAUCUGAGGGUGGCUUUAUCUGGGCGUGCAAGAACUAUGAUGGAGAUGUGCAGUCAGAUUCAGUUGCUCAAGGUUAUGGAUCUCUGGGAAUGAUGACCAGUGUUCUCAUAUGUCCGGAUGGCAAGACUGUAGAAGCAGAAGCAGCACAUGGCACUGUAACCCGCCACUACAGGAUGCAUCAGAAAGGCCAAGAGACCUCUACUAAUCCUAUUGCUUCCAUCUUUGCCUGGACCCGAGGUCUGGACCAUAGAGCGAAGCUGGAUAAUAACCCUGAACUGAAGAACUUUGCUUUGGCCUUAGAGGAUGUCUGCGUAGAGACAAUAGAGGCUGGCUUCAUGACUAAAGAUCUUGCAGCUUGCAUUAAAGGUCUACCCAAUGUACAGCGAGCAGAUUUCUUGAACACUUUUGAAUUCCUGGACAAACUGGCGGAGAACCUACAGCUGAAGCUUGCUGCUCAAUCCAAGUUGUAAUUGCCAAAGUUUCCGGAGGCAAAUCUCAGGUUUAUUCCUUCACUGGUAGUUUACAGAGUUCAACAGAACUUUUAACUUCCAUACAGUGCAAACCAUCAGGCUUUCUUGUUGGGGUACACUUUUUAGUUUGUGUUUUUACAUCUUGUCUUUAUAUCCAUGAAUUGAUUGUAAUAUCUUCAGAUCUUUGUGCCAUCGCUAUUACACACAGAUAAAUCUCAAAUCAUUGUACAGAACUGGUACUAUAGCAAAAAGUACUAUAGCCUACAGCCCAGAAAGGACGCCAACGUUUCCAUAGAAUAAUGGUUAUCCCUCAUGCUUGUCUGCUUUGUGAACAUUCUUCAGUCAUUUUGAGUCUCUAUUCAUAUCUAUUCUGACACUGUUUUUGUGCUAUAUGUUGGAAUACUGAUGUAUUUUGUGGUGUGUCUCCAUCUGAUCCAUCGAUUUACAAUGGGCCGACUGUAGUCUGAGUCAAAUCCAUCAGUUUAUUCAAAAGGUAUGAGAAAUAUAAAGCAAGGAUUUAUGCUUCUCUUUCCUCAUGGAUCCAUUUCUGUCUUUGGCGCAAAAACUGCAUUGGUAGUUUGUUGCAUUUAUAAGCCUAAACUGUUUAUUGGGAAAUUCAGAACCCCAGCGGCCUAGAUCUGCAUACUGUUUGGCCAUAUUUCUGACUUAUGCCACAAAUGUAGUUUCACGUUAGAUGUUAACCCUAAGCUUGUAAGUCCAAAACAUUUGACAUAGAGAGAGACUACUAAAGUAAAAAAAAACGUGAAUGAAGAAUAAAUAGUUAAGCUCUUAUUGCAGA